AUGGCAACUACAGCUGCGGCAGAAGCAGCCGCCGAGGCCAAAGCUAACUCCAUCUCAGCUGAUGGAAAGUUCGCAGACAUGCAGAAAGAUACCAUCGAAAUCAAUGGCAAACAACAUAUGACCACCGACUAUGGAAUCAAAAUCUCAGACCCGGAUCACUCGCUCCGUGUUGCGAGUGACUCGAGUACCGGACCAUCACUCCUAGAAGAUCAAAUCGCUCGUGAGAAAAUUAUGCGCUUCGACCACGAGCGUAUCCCCGAGCGAGUCGUACACGCCCGCGGCACAGGAGCAUUCGGAACUUUCAAGCUCUUCGAGAGCGCCGAGGACGUAACGACUGCGGGUGUUUUGACGGAUACUUCCCGCGAGACGCCACUUUUUGUUCGCUUCUCGACCGUACAGGGGAGUAAAGGUAGUGCGGAUACGGUGCGCGAUGUACGCGGCUUCGCGGUGAAAAUGUAUACGGCCGAGGGAAAUUGGGAUAUUGUGGGCAAUAAUAUCCCUGUGUUCUUCAUACAGGACGCGAUUAAGUUCCCAGAUGUUAUUCACUCUGUUAAGCCGGAGCCGCAUAAUGAAGUUCCCCAGGGCCAGAGUGCGCAUAAUAACUUUUGGGAUUUCAUUUACAUGCAUUCUGAGACUACGCAUAUGAAUUAUUGGAUCUACUACGAUUAUGAGAGGAUGGCGUUGCUAACGAGAUGCAAUUCAAUGCAGCAAAUGUCUGAUCGAGCUAUUCCACGCUCGUACCGCAUGAUGCAGGGCUUCGGUGUCAAUACCUACUCUCUCGUCAACAAGCAAGGCAAGCGUCACUUUGUCAAGUUCCACUUCACACCCGAACUUGGCGUCCACUCGCUCGUCUGGGACGAGGCUUUGAAAAUCUGUGGUCAGGAUCCAGAUUUCCAUCGCAAGGACUUAAUUUCCGCCAUUGAGGCAGGCCAGUUUCCUCGUUGGAAGUUCGGUCUACAGCUUCUUCCCGAGGAGAAGCUUGAUGAUUUCGAAUUCGACCCGCUGGAUGCGACAAAGGUCUGGCCUGAAGAGCUAAUUCCAAUUCGAUAUAUCGGCCAGCUUGAACUGAACCGCAACGUGGAUGAAUUUUUCCCACAAACCGAGCAAGCCGCGUUCUGCACCAGCCACAUCGUCCCUGGAAUUGACUUCUCCAAUGACCCCCUGCUGCAAGGACGAAACUUCUCAUACUUCGAUACGCAGAUCUCGCGACUCGGCGCUAAUUGGGAGGAAUUGCCUGUGAACCGGCCCGUCUGUCCGUAUAUGAGCUUGGUCAAUCGGGAUGGGGCCUCGAGGCAUCGCAUCUCAAAGGGCACGGUCAAUUACUGGCCCAAUCGUUACGAAGCGAAUCCUCCCGCUACGCCAGCCCAAGGGGGUUUCACUUCAUUCCCGGAGAAGCAGCAGGGUAUCAAGACGCGCGCGCUGUCAGAGAAGUUCAAAGAGCACUAUAAUCAGGCCCAAGUCUUCUACAACUCUCUUUCCGAGAUCGAGAAGAUGCACCUGGCCAAGGCAUUCUCCUUCGAACUAGAUCAUUGCGACGACCCGGUCGUCUACAAGCGCAUGAGCGAGCGCGUCGCAGCCAUCAGUCUCGAUCUAGCAAAGACAGUCGCUAAGAACGUCGGCGGCGAGACGCCGACCAAGGAGCUUAGAACGAAUAAGGGCACUAAGGCAAAGGGUCUCAGUCAACUGGAGUAUAUGCCAAAGAAGCCCACCAUCGCGACGCGCCGAAUCGCAAUUCUAAUCGCAGACGGCUUCGAUUACAACGCGUACAACACCAUGAAAACAAGUCUCGAGGCGCAGAACGCUUUCGUAUUCACAAUCGGUUCCCAGCGCCAGGGCGUCAUCGCUGACUCGGGCCAAAAAGUCGUGCCGGAUAAUUUCUUCUCAGGGAUGCGCUCGUCGUUGUUUGACGCGGUCUUCGUUCCUGGCGGUAGUCAUGUGGAAAAGAGCCUUGCGAAGAACGGCGUUGCGAAGUUCUGGAUUACUGAGUCCUUUGCUCAUCUGAAGGCUAUUUCUGGCGUUAAUGAGGCUGUGCCGUUCAUUGCGCGCCAGAUUGGGUUGGAUGAGGUGCAGACUUCGAAGAGUGGGGAGUCUUUGACGGAUUCUUAUGGCGUUGUUACUGGGUAUGGUGAUGCGUCGGGCUUGAAGGUUUCAGAUAUUGGGCCUCAGGCGAAGGGGCUGGCGGAACGCUUUGUUUGGCAUGUCUCGCAGCAUCGGAACUGGAAUCGUGAGUUGGACGGUUUGGCUGAUCAGGUUGCUGCGUGA